CAUAGAACGAUGUGCAAGAUGUUUUGUCUGAUGUAGAAAUCCUUUUUGGGACUAGUGAAGACGUACUUAUAGAUGAUGGACGUACAUGAACACACUAGAUUACCUUGUGAUUGCCUGAGUGAUGAACAGUUUAAUCGUCUCCUGAAAGAGCCCAUCUUUGUUGACUUUCUCAAUACUUUCCUUUCGUUGCCGAUAUUUCCUAAACGUCUUCGUUACAACUUGGAUGAUGAUCUCUUUGACAUCCACCCACCAGUUAAAAGAACAGCGUAUUUUGUCUUACAAAGACAAAUCAAGAUAUGGGUUUAUAAUUCACGUCUGCCAUUGUUCUUUCAAACCGAUCUCUUUUUGGAUUACCUGCUGUGCCGAUUAUUGUCGAAAGAGUCCAUAGUAAGCGACGUCUUGACAGAAAUGUACUUCAACUCUGUGGAAGACAUGCACACAUUUCGCAAAUUCAUAAGGGGAACAAUGGGGGAGCGAAUCCUGAAUUUCUGGUUGGACGCUGAAAGGUAUCGUCGCCAGGUCAAACCAGAAAACAGACGCUAUGUUUUCAGAGAAAUCCAGAACAAGUACCUGCGAGGAGGGGCACCUUUUGAGCUSACCGAUGUAAUGAAAUGGAUGAGUCUAUGUGGUGGUGUCAAGGGAAUGGAAGCCAAGUCAUUCAUGUCUCCGGUCCAAGUUACGAAAAAACUAUGCGGCACCAGCAUUUCUGUUUUCUCGGACAAUAUCUUUUUACCUCUGCAAAACAUGGUUCUUAAACGUCUAAGAUCCUACUGGGUCGCAAAAUUCGUACUCCAUCGGGAGAAGAUCCGYAAUCGUGUAAAAUCUCGGUGGGGGAAGACGAUUAAGUUUGGUGAGUUCACAGACAAUAGUGCGGAAGAGGCGGGAAAGCUUGCAGCGAUUCAAGAAUUAGCGUUGAUUCAUGAAGAGCAAACUGAAAAGGAUGGCAAUGCCUAUGUCGAUGAAUACAUGGAAAUGCACAAAGCUGAGUCAGUAGAAAGUAUCAAUGAGCAGGAAAAGGCUGAGGAAGAAAAGAAGCAGCUGAUGGAGCGUUGGAGUGAGUGGUUCUGGGGAUCGAGUAGAGCGGCUAGUAAAGAAAGCAUUGUGGAUGAUGAAUACAGCUCUAGUACUGGGGAAAGUCGGUUGAGCCAAUAUAGCACAAGUGAACUUCGACUUCCWACACCACUUCGCCGACCCCAGAGCAAAGGAACCCCAUCAAGUCUAAAAUCCAGUGCUUCAUCGCCGCUACCAAGACAAUGCAAAACRCCGGCAAGUAAGAUUGGGUCGAGUCAGAGUCGCUAUAUUAGGUCUGGAUCCCAGUCCGAUUCAAUUCUCUCGACCCCUGAGGCGAUGAAAGAAAUAAAUAAGAUUCUAGCAGAAGAACAACAGGAMGAAGAGGACGAAAAGGAGGACAAAGAAGAGAAAGCUAGGAAAAAAGAACCUUCYCCAACACAGGUCCGCAUGGAAUUAGAAAAAUACAGUUUGGGCUUYCCACGAGUCGACCCUCCCUUUGCAAUUUCUCUUGGAAAAGACACAGGAAGGAAAACAGUCUUUGAAGCGGUCUAUUCAGACCAUGUUACAGAUUCAGAUAUCARAGAYGAAGAUUCKUUACMWUCARAAGUGAUAAAACAUCUUAUGCAUCAGACUAAACCAAAGAAAGUUAAAGUGAAAAAGACCGUGCCCUUUCAAACCACUGAAUACGACCUUAAACAAGAUCUUCAGAUUGAGCAUGACCUUGAGGAAGAAGAGGAAGACCAGAGUUCCGACGAAGAGAGCGAGCAAGAAGAAGAGAUAUCAAAACUUAAAAAGGAAGGAAAAAAAGCCAAAGGGUGGCGUUCCCUUGCAAUUUCGACUGCCUUUUCUGGAGGCUACAAUGACGAAACCAGCGAGGAAGAAGAAGAAGAAGGCGAUAAAACUGAGAAGGURGUAAUCCCAUCUCUAAAGCAAAUYAACAGACAACGCGAUUUGGAAAGGGCAAAUAAUGCCGCUUCACACUUUUAUGGCACAAUCAAGAAAGAAACUACAUCGACGACUACGAGUUCACCAACUGCAGCAAAAACGAGGCCAAACAGACCAAGGAACUUCCAGGAGUGCCUACAUGAUAACUCACAGUUCGCAUGGUUUAAGUGCUAUUUGAUGGAGCAGUCAUCGGACACUCCUCUGAUGUUCUGGCAAGCUGUUGAAAACAUGAAAAGCAACUGUAAGGAUGCAAAGUCUCGYCAGGCUAGAGCGAACGUCAUCGUUAGAAAAUACUUCAUCAACAUAGAUAUACCAGCCACUGAAAAUCUACAAUGUAAAGCCGAUAUCAUCAAAGAUAUUCCAGUCAUAGAGAAGGUCACCCCACCUAUGUUACUUUCAGCCCAGGCCUGCGUGGCACGUACACUUGAGGAGGAAUGGUUCCGUAAGUAUGUUGCAACAUUUCCAGAGGAAGAUGAAGGUGUCAAUUUACAGAAAUAUGCCAUGCGGAAUACUCUCGCAGGAGUUUAUAAAAUGGCUGCCCAUGGAAAAACGCGUGGUUUAUGGGCCAUGUUUGCUUCAAACGUSAUGAAUUUCCAGAAAGGCAUAUACGACGCAAAGACCGUCCAGGAAUUCAUCACAUUUCUUCACAGGGAGAAAGAGGCAACCAUUGAACACAAUACUCGUCGUCAUGCUCUCAAUCCAACGAGGCGAAUGAUAAACAAUAAGUUCAUCAAUACAGAGAAGCUGACUAACGAUUUGGCUUUCUGGAAAGAAGUCGUAAAAUUCAAGGAAGUAGCAGACAACGCAAAUGAGUGCGCUAGACGUGGAAACUACAGCACAGACGAUGAAAUGCAAGUCAUGAGUAAAGCUAAAACUAUCGUGAAGGUGUUCCUCGACUCGGACCUUCCACCACGUACACAGAUUAACAUACCCAACGACCUUGGAGAUGCAAUCAUCAAUUUAGUGAAUGCAGGGAUUGUGGAACGAGGAAUUUUCCACGACGCGCAACUUUCAGUUUUCAUAACACUUAUUCAUUACUGGAAAAAGUUUGCGGCUGAGCGGAAAAACAAGAAAGACGAAACGCCCAAGAAUACUCCUUCGCCCAAAAAAGACGAUCUCAAGAAAAAACGCAUUUCUUUUAUCGGUGGAGUCCCGUAUAGACGUGUCUACGUCAUGCAAGAGGAGGAAACGCGCUGGUCUUUCUCUUUCUAUCAAGGUCUACGUCUAGCAAUUCCCGUCAAACUACUCGCGCGAAGAGUCACACAAGGGGAUGUUUUACCGCAAGAACUUAGCGGCACACCGCCUCCUGGUCAAUAAAUUCAAAUAGUACAUCCUUAUAUACAAAUUUGAACUUGUAAAGAAAUUAAAGUCAGUAAUACUUGA